AUGUCUCAAGCUCGGCUUGCAUCAUGUAUCCCAUUGCCUUUGGAACAUAAAUUACUAGUGACAGUAAUCGAAAAAGCUAAAGAUUGGGCGCUCAUGCACGGUGUUGGAAUGCGAGACAAGAAACAUUUUACAAAAGACUCUAUACAGAUUGCACCCUUUGUGUUGCUGCCAUCUCCAUUUCCAAGAACAGAAUUUGAAAAAGCAAUUGAACUCCAACCAGUAUUGAAUGAACUUAUGCAUAAGGUAGCCCAUGAUGACGAAUUUCUAGAGCAUACGUUACAAAAUGCCCUUCAAGUGGAUGAGUUUACAGCAAACCUGUAUGAUAUAUGGAUAAAAGUUCGUCAAGAAGGAGUUGCACAGUCAAUCAGCCUUGGCCUCUUCCGCUCCGACUACCUGAUGCAGUGCACAGAGGCGAACCGAAUAAAGCAAGUGGAAUUUAACACGAUCGCGGCGAGUUUUGGCGCCAUGACGUCCAAUCUACCUGCCAUGUUUCGCUACAUCCUGCGGCAGUUGGGACGUGGAGAUCUCAUUAAAAAUAUGCCAGAAAACCACGCACUUUCAGGGCUUUGUGCAGGAAUAACCGAGGCGUUCCACGAAUUUGAAAUAUCGGAGAAGAGGCCGGAUAUUCAGAUCUACAGGAAGACAUUAAAUGAAAUAUAUGAAGAAACGACGCUCAAUGAUAAAAAACAACUCAUAUUCGAUGGUCGACCUGUCGCGGUUGUGUACUACAGAUCGGGGUAUGAACCAGCACAGUAUCCGUCUAGUCGCGAAUGGGAUGCGAGACUGCGGGUUGAAAGAUCUACUGCUAUAAAAUGCCCCUCAAUCCAUUACCAACUCGCUGGAACAAAGAAGGUUCAACAAACCCUCGCUUCCCCCCCGGCGUCUUAG